GUGCACUAGUGGGUCGCGUGGGACUAAUUUACACAGAGCUUUGAUCUACUACAGUCUCAUUAUGCGCGUGUCCCAUUUAGACCAAGACUUCACCAGCCGCGAGCUCAACUUAAAAAGGAUUUUCAAACUAAUCAGCCAAUUCACCUCAACGUAACAAUGUUUGUUAUCCUUUAUAUUCUUCAUCGUUUCUGGUCAAAUGAGUAAAAGUAACACAGCAGCUGCUCUCGAUCCAUUCCAGACGAUGUGGUUCUGCUCCAGCCUUUCUCGUUGUUUCAGGAUUUUGUAACAGCGGAGCGCGCGGGGUGUGUGGUAUUUUCGGCGAUACCGAACAGUCAAACCAGAUCUGUCGCGAGCCAUUGAGAAAGAAGACGGCUGGAAAGUGGACGUCAACUCACUUUGACGUUUCUGGCUUUUAAUGAUCUGUUUUGUCUUGAACAGGUGGGGGAAAGGACUUGCUUGAGCUUCUUUUUUAAACCCAAAAUAUAAUUUUCUUCCUAAGAUGAUGUUGUUGAUUAACAACAACAACAACAUACAAUGGCACGUGCUGCGUAAACAUUUGUUAGCCUAUUGAUUUCUGUUAGCUUUCCUCAGGAUAAAAAAAAAAAAAACAUAAUGAUUUCUAAUUUUGCUGGUUUCAUAGACGUUUAAAUUCAUUCUGAUCUGUACACUUGGUAACUGUAUUUUGAUGGGGGUGUGAAGGCUCAUUUCCCUCGAGACUUAUUUUUCCAAGGUCGGGAAUGAAUUUCGAUCAGCUGCUGGCCACAAUCGGUGGCUUUGGGAGAUACCAGAAGCUUUUGUAUGUGUGGAUAUGUCUGCCGCAGAUCUUUCUCGCAUUCCACAUGAUGGCCAGCGUCUUCACAGGCGCCACGCCACCCCACCAUUGUCGGGGUUCGAGGAUGGAGGACUGGUCCCUUACCGUCGCCAACCUUUCAACUGUGAAUCUGAGCAUCUCCCUUCUGCCAGGGCACGCGGACUCGUGCACAGUAGUUUCAGGAAAGAACGAUAGUGCACGCUCAAGUUGUGAGACAGGAUGGGUGUACAGCCACGAGAUCUUCCAGAGCACCACUGUCACUGAGUGGGAUCUGGUGUGUGACAAGGCAGGUCUAAAUAGUCUGGGCUCGUCUCUUUAUAUGCUGGGGCUGCUGGUUGGAGCUGUUGUGUUUGGAGCAAUGGCAGACAGGUGUGGGAGGAGGUUUGCCAUGCUCUUGUCUUUAGCCCUUCAGACAGUGUUUGGUGUGGCCGCUGCCUUCGCUCCAAACUUCCCCGUUUAUGUCACCCUGCGCUUCAUCAUAGGAAUGUCAGUGUCGGGUGUGAUAAUCAAUGCGUUUGUGCUAGGCACAGAGUGGACCUGCACACAGAGACGGAUGCUGGCCGGCAUCUUCACCGACUACUUCUUUGGUUUCGGCUACAUGCUGCUGGCGGGUAUGGCCUAUCUCAUCAGAGACUGGAGGAAGCUGCAGAUUGCAAUCUCCGCACCAGGCUUUCUCUUCAUAUUCUAUAUCUGGGUUCUUCCACAUUCAGCCCGUUGGCUGUUGGUGAAUAACCGAAAGGAGGAGGCGAUUGAUCUUCUGCGUAAGGCAGCUACGGUCAAUGGUCGCACCUUACCUCCAGUUGUUCAGGUGGAACGAUACGAGGGCCCACAAGGACGCAAUCAAUAUACAGCUGUUGAUCUGCUCCGAACUCCCCAGAUGAGGAGGAGAGCGCUCAUACUCUUCUAUAUCUGGUUUGUUAAUGUGUUGGUGUAUUAUGGUCUGUCUCUGGGUGUGUCUGACCUCGGCGCAGACCUUUACCUCACUCAGUUCAUGUUUGGAUUGGUGGAAAUUCCCGCAAGGUCACUGGUGUUGGUUCUCCUGCCCUGCAGUCGACGAAUCCCGCAGAGUGUGUUCCUGGCUGUGGGAGGCGGUGCAUGUCUGCUUACCCUCAUUGUUCCAGCAGACAGUGCUCAUAUUCGAACUGCUUUGGCCAUGGUGGGGAAAUUUGGAAUUACAGCAUCUUUUGCCAUCAUCUAUAUUUAUUCUGCAGAACUGUUUCCAACUGUUCUCAGACAAACAGGUAUUGGUGUUUCUUCUAUGUUCGCACGCAUGGGUGGAGUAUUAGCGCCACUAAUAAACCUGCUUGGACGCCACACACCUGUUGUGCCAAUGGUGAUAUUUGGCUCCACCCCUCUGCUUGCUGCAGUGUUAGCCCUAGCAUUGCCUGAGACUGCCAAUCAACCACUACCAGACAGCAUUUAUGAUGCAGAGAGGUCUACUCUGAAAUAUGACGGACAAAUUCCUAUACAUACCAGCCAAUCACCAAGCAGCACAGAAGGACAGGAACUGCAGAGUUUAGCAGAUGAGUCCAGAUAGGCAUAAAUGAUCACACACAAACUCUAUGCAGUCUCUCUUUGUAGUGCGUUUCAUUAUCAGGUGACGGUGAAACUUGCGAAUGGUUUAGGUUUUGAUACAUUUUAAUACAUUAUAAUAUUUUUUGGAAUGGCUGUAGGUUGUGUAUUUGACUGAAUUACAUCAGGACCAGGGCUGUUACCACCAUAGACAUUGAGGGAGACAAGUCCCUCCAAUGAUUAGAAAUAUCCAGUUGUGCCCCGCAAUAUUUGCUAUUCUAGAUGCUGCUCUGCUGGACUUUAUUACGCACCUCUGUUUGUCGUUAGGAUGACAAAAAGUAAAAGUUACAUUUUUAGGCUGCUCUACCUCAGCAGUCUAACAGCGCUCGUCAAUGUCAAAAUGAUUGAGAUGGCCAAUCAAAUCAAAGAAGGCGGGGCUUACUGUUCACCGAAAAUGAGUGCAAAUUCCAGCAAGAUGCUUUAAAGGGAUAGUUCACCCAAAAAUGAAAAUGGUCAGCUUUGGGCCCCCCAAUGUUCAAGACAUGGUUACAGCCUUGGUCAGAACUAUCAGUUUUAAUAAAACUAAACUGUAAAAGUUUAAAACAUGGAUGACUGGCUCUGAAAACAAUGGGAUUGGUGCAUCACUUCUCCAUAUGCACCCAAAUUGUUUAUCUGGCCUCUCUAUGCAAAACAGAUAUGCUCCAACAAACAUUUGUGAAUUAGAGAGCUGAACUAAAUAAAUUCAGUUCAGUUUUAACAGAUUUAUUUUUCUUCUGCCAAACAUAUUGAUGACUCAUCCUGCACUACACAGAUUUUUGUCCAAUCAGACGCUCUUUAGAAUGAGAAUGCCCCUCCCACUAACAUCACUGGCAACUGACUUGCUACUUUUGUGAGCAUUUCGUCUAGUGGAAAGUAAACCAGUGCCUUUUUUGUAAUGUAAUCCUUUAUGUAUGUGUCCAGUGUUUGGGAAUAUUUGUCUUAUUUUAGGACAGUGGCUUGCAUUUAGUUUUGCUUGAAAUGACAAUUCCCAAAAACUUCUGCCUGGUUGAAAUUGUUUCAAUAGCAUGUUAGUAUCCUGAAUAGUCUCAGUAGGCUACAGGGAAAAGUAUCUUGUUUAGUGCUGAUUUGACUGCAUUUAGUUUUUUUUUAUUGCUUUCAGUGAAAAAAACGGCAUCACACGCACAAUUAAAGAAGUUUAUUGCAGUAUGGGAUUGACAUGCCAUGUCUUUCCAAUGUUGCUUGAGCCAAUGCUACAUACACUACUACAGCCAGAUGGACAUGAGGUUAUUGGGAUGACGGACAGUCACAAUCUCAUGGACUUCAAUCUCAGCCAAACGCUGCCAAAUGACACAAUCUAGUUUUAACCUUUAUAUACUGACAUUAACUUUUUUAAAACAGGCAAUUGUAGUUUUAUUGCAUGAAACUGUUUGAUAGAAAUUAACUAUUUUAUUAUUAUGCAAUUGGUCUAAUGUUGUAAAUGUUGACAUGGAAAAUAUAUAAACAAAUCUGUCAUUAUUUACUCACCCCCAUGUCAAUUUAAACCCUCAUGCUGUGUCCUAUAAAAUUUGUGAAGAACCACCACCCAGGUCUUUUCCAUACAACAGCAGUUCAUUCACCACUGACCAUGUUUGUUAUACUCAGAAGAAAAUAAAAGUUUUGCACUAUACUCCAAAAGCCUUGUCACACUGCGCUAAACCCCGGGUUAUCGAGGUUCUAAACCCUGCUUUUAACCCCAGGAACGUUUCACACUUGGGUUAACCCCGCAUUAAUGUGUGCAGUGUGAAACAAAUCGGUGCUAAAAUGUUACGACUAAACACUUACAAAUCACAUGCCUCAUAUUCACGUGCUUUGGACAGUCACAAGGAAGCACCGCUCAUUAUAUAAAGAGUGUUUUCGUUUUUUAAAAGUAAUCUGAUCGGAUUGGAUCAAAUCUUGAAAAUGGGAUGUUCAAAAGAAAAAAGAAAAAAGAUUCUGAAACCAGAUUAGAUCACAAAAUCCAAUCUUGGUUUUGAUCUGGAUUAAAUUACCAAUUUGUGUUGUUCAAAACUUUUUAGUAAGAUUGGGAUACAUUUGAUCCAAAAAAAUCAGGAUUAUAACAGCAGAAUGGUGGAUUUCAGGAAAAAAAAUUUAACACUUUAAAACUGGUAAACCAAAAAACACACAUUUGUUUAAUCUAAUACACACUCAUAUUUUUAUUUGUGCUCUUGAUUAGUUUAAAUGUUAAAGUAAUAAAUUAGAAAGUAGAUUACUUUAAAUGUUAAAGUAAUAAGUUAGUAAUAAAGUAGACAUUAGGCUAUCUAUUAAGCCUUUCGGUAGCCUACAAUAAAGUAAAAAAAAGGGAUUUUGGCACCAUAAAAUAAUGCCCACACAGCUGUAAAUAUCAAACAAAAACAUUAUAUUUAAAGUGGUUUUUGUAUCACUGUUUGUAAACUACAUUCGGCACAAUCAUAAGAAAUGAACCAGUCAAAAGUUCUUUGUGAGCGAACGCAAAGUUUCUCGGGUGAACGCCACGCAGAAUUUUUUCCCCAAUCUUAUAUUUUUUCCAUCAUCAUGUCCCUUUAGGGGCUCCGUAGAGCACUAUUAAUACAGAUCUGGUAAUCUGAAAAAGUGUGUAAUCUUGAUCAGGGUGAUCCAAUCCAAUUUUGUUUUGAAAACUUGUGUUGUGCCGAAUUUCGACUCUGACAAAUUAUUACCCCCCUCCUUGAAGUUGCUAUCUGAUUGCCUAAUCCUAACCCCACCCCUAAUACUAAACCUACCAAUACUAGGGGGGGUAAUAAUUUGGCAGGGUAGGAAUUUGGCACAACUCCGACACAAAAGAUGGAUUACCUGAUCCUGGAUAGCAAAAUAUGGGAUUUCCAAAUCCAGAUCAUUCUGAUCCAUAUUAAACAACUGGGCCCAGAUCAUUGAGUCAGUGGGUUGCACUAGAGAACUGGAUCAAUGAAAAAAUCGUUCUUAUUAUGUGGUUCAAACUGAAUUAUUUCUUCCUGAAUCAGAGUUUGACGCACUCAUUCAGAGCUUAACAGUCAUGGUCACAAUGUACUGUUUAAAUAGCAAGGAUCUUACAAGAUUCUUAAAAAUAACCAUUUGUUUGUUUCACAGAAGUCAAAAAGGUUUGGAACAACAUGAAGGUUAGUAAAUGAUGACAGUACUAUCCCUUUAACCAAACCAUUAUUCAUAUCACUGCAUGAUUAUUAGGAUCUUAAUGCUAGGUUUUGCAAUGUGAUGAAAUGAUGACAUGAGAAUAAAGCAAUUAGCAUCUAAUGAAACUGUUAUAAAGGCCUGCUAGUUGCUGCCUGUGGACAAGUAUGAGUGAGUGUUACUUCUGCUGCAUGAUGGAAUGCAAGUCUUGAUGUGAUUUUACAAUGAACAAGCAUUUUAAGACUUUCCAUUUAUUGACAUUCCAACUGAAGCACAAUAAAACUGUGAAUUGUCCAGCAUCCAGGAUCUGCAAUAAAACCAAUGAAAACCA